AUGACCGGUGCAAUAUACACGAUGGAUCUACCACCUGUCACAAAGGAAACAAGGAUGCAAAAAGAGAAAGUGAGGUUCCUAAGCCAAACGGUACAACUCAUAGGUCUCGGGAGCAAGGGACCUUGGAACAACUCAAAUGAGGAGGACAUACCCUUUUCGCCUGACGUCAACUCGAUGGGAAUCCUAGCCAAGAUAGCACAACAAAAAUGGGUGCACACUGAGGACAAUGAGGUGGGAUACUUCAGGGGUCUGAUAGACGAAGCAGGCAAGAAAAGAUACGUGACGGUGAAGCCCCAAAUGCUCAGAAUAGGUGAUAUCAUGGAAGCCCAGUGCUCUAUGGUGUUCAUGAAGACCAACGACGGUGUCGCAAAGACCAAAUUGAUAUUGAGAGCCAUAGCGCUCGCAAACUCAGACCAUUCAUCAAAGGCGAAUGCGGAAAGAAGGAACAUGGCUAAUACACCGUCACAGUCGGUGGUGAAAAUGAAGAGGAAGAUAAGUUUUGAAGAUGAGGAAGACGACAUACAGACCACGGCAAAAAGGUUUAAUAGGAUGGAAAUGGAGGAGGAGGAAGAGAUCAUGAUGUUGACGUGA